AUGUCUUCCACAUUUUUCCUGAAAGGAAAAUCUAGGCAGGUCUACAAGAGGAAGGGUGAAAACAUAAAAAAGAAAGUUAAAAAGGCAAACGUUCCUAACCUCGAAAAUGGUCAUGAAUCUUCGGAUAGUGAUUUGGAAAUAAAGAAGUUUUCUGACGCUGAGCAGUCUGAAAGCGAUCACGAAACUGCUGAACAAAAGAAAUUAAGAUUAGCUAAAAAGUAUUUGGAAGAAAUCGAACGAGAAGAAGCAAAGAGGGCAGAGUUUAAAGACGUUGAAGAUGCUGUAGAGAAACGACUACAGCGGGAUUACCUAGAGCAAAAGGGUAAAUUAAGAGUAGAAGUAGCUAAUAAAUACAAUGUUCCAACUAAAGAAAACGUACGUUUGAUUCGAGUGAAAGAACAUCGAUUGACACUCACUUCGGUAGCAGUAAGUAAUGAUAAUGAGUAUGUAUUUUCUGGUUGCAAAAGUGGCACGUUUAUAAAAUGGAGCUUAAAAGAAAAACGAAGGCUGGGUACAGUCACAUACAAGACACAUUCAAAGUACAUUAAAGGUGGAAUUACAUCAUUAGCAUUAACCACAGAUUGCAAAUAUUUAGCAAUGGCUGAUGAAUCAAAUGAUAUACAUAUUUGGGAUCCACACACUUUAAGUCACCUUCACACCUUCAAGGGACAUAAAGGUCCUGUUAUAGGAUUGGUUUUUAGAAAAAAUACUCACGACUUGUACUCUGCCUCAAAAGACAGGUCUGUUAAAAUAUGGUCAUUGGAUGAAAUGGCUUAUGUAGAAACAUUGUUUGGACACCAAUCUCCAAUAACAGCCAUUGAUGCUUUAACUAGAGAGAGAGCAAUCACCGCUGGAGGUAGAGAUACAACAGUCAGAAUUUGGAAGAUAGUGGAAGAAUCACAACUUAUAUUCAACGGACCACAAGGCAGUUUGGAUGAAGUCAAGUUAUUAGAUGAAGAGCAUUUCAUAUCUGGUAGUGAUAAUGGUACAAUUAGUUUGUGGAGUGUUUUAAAAAAGAAACCACUUUUUUCUGUAACUGAAGCCCAUGGAGUGGACAAUGCUGUACCCAGAUGGAUCACUAGUCUUGCAACAUUACUAAACUCAGAUCUUUUUGCAUCUGGUUCCUAUGAUAAUAAUAUACGCCUAUGGAAAAUAUACGACUCCUACAAAAAGUUUGAGCAAAUGUUUAGUAUAGAAGUUAAUGGUUUCAUCAAUUGUAUACAAUUUACAAGCGAUGGACAACAGUUAUUUGCAGCUGUUGGGCAAGAACACAAAUCAGGACGAUGGUUUAAAGAUAGUAAUGCAAAGAAUGGAUUAAUUGUUGCAAAUUUUAAUUUAAGUAAUAAAUAG